UCUCUCUCUCGCCUUGCCUUCCCUCCCUCCCUCUCUGCCCUUCUUCCAAGCGGGCCCCUCUCCGCCAAGGCAUUGUCCCGGGAUGGCAGCGCUGGGCGCCUUGGUGAAGAAAGUGUGGAGCCUCCGCCGCUACUUGGUGCUGCUUGGCACCCCACUGGUGCUGCUGCCCAUCCUCUUCAGCCUGCCCCCCAAGGAAGGGAAAUGUCUUUAUGUCAUUCUGGUGAUGGCCAUGUACUGGUGCACAGAAGCUCUGCCAUUGUCUGUGACUGCUCUUCUUCCCAUCAUUCUCUUCCCCUUCCUUGGGAUCCUCCCAGCCAGCAAAGUUUGUCCCCAGUACUUUCUAGAUACCAACUUCCUCUUCCUGAGUGGACUAAUCAUGGCAGCUGCCAUUGAAGAGUGGAAUCUUCAUCGCAGGAUUGCGCUGAGAAUCCUAAUAUUGGUGGGAGUUCAACCAGCCAGGCUCAUUUUGGGAAUGAUGUUGACCACCUCCUUCCUUUCUAUGUGGCUUAGUAACACAGCCUCUACAGCAAUGAUGCUACCAAUCGCCAUGGCUAUUCUGAAGAGUCUCUUUGGAGAAAAGGAAACAUCCCGGGAUCUCAAGAAGGAGAAAGAUGAAAGCAAAGUAUGUGCACAUCAGAAUAAACUUCACAUGGUGCCAACUGAGAUGCAGCUUCUAGCAAAUGCUGAUGAGAAAGACUUGAUAGAAGAGAAGGUCACAAUUGAAGUUUCCACAGAUGUAAGGAAGGAGGAAGAAUACAAAACAAAUGUGUGGAAAGGCUUUCUUAUUUCAAUCCCUUACUCUGCCAGCAUUGGUGGAACAGCAACACUGACUGGAACUGCUCCAAAUCUCAUUCUUUCAGGACAACUAAAGAGUUAUUUUCCAGGGUGUGACCUUGUGAAUUUUGGCUCAUGGUUUGUGUUUGCAUUUCCUCUGAUGGUACUCUUCCUUUUCCUCGGAUGGCUCUGGAUCUCCUUCCUUUAUGGAUGCAUUAGCUUAAGAGGCUGCAGAAAGAAGAAAUCAGAAAUCAGAGCUGAUGCAGAAGCCAGAGCCAGAGCAGUGAUAACAGAGGAUUAUCAGAAACUGGGACCCAUAAAGUUUGCUGAACAGGCAGUAUUUGUUCUUUUCUGCUUAUUUGCCAUCCUGCUCUUCUCCAGGGAUCCUAAAUUCAUCACAGGAUGGGCAAGUUUAUUCACACCAGGGUAUGUCACAGACGCUGUAACUGGAGUCACGAUAGUAACAAUAUUGUUCUUCUUCCCAUCAAAAAGGCCAACCCUUAAAUGGUGGUUUGACUUGAAAGCACCAAACACUGAGAAUGAACCCUUACUAUCAUGGAGAAAAGCCCAAGAAAGUGUUCCUUGGAAUAUAAUCCUAUUGCUUGGAGGAGGUUUUGCUAUGGCAAAAGGAUGUGAGGAAUCUGGUUUGUCCAGCUGGAUUGGUAGUCGUCUUGGCCCACUGGAGAACCUUCCACCUCCUGUGGCUGUCAUUCUCAUCACAAUUGUCAUUGCGUUGUUCACAGAAUUUGCUAGUAACACAGCCACAAUCAUCAUUUUUCUACCUGUCCUAGCAGAACUGGCCAUUCGUUUGAAAGUGAAUCCUCUCUACUUAAUGAUACCAGGAACCAUAGGAUGCUCUUUUGCUUUCAUGCUUCCAGUUUCCACUCCACCAAAUUCAAUUGCCUUUGCUUCAGGUCACUUAAUGGUCAAAGACAUGGCAAGGACAGGUCUGCUUAUGAAUCUGAUGGGAGUCUUACUUCUGAGCCUGGCUAUCAACACUUGGGGGAUGAGCAUCUUUCAGCUAGGCACCUAUCCUGCUUGGGCCAACAUCCAUUCAGAAAAUAUAACUUCACUGUUGGUAGAUGUACAGAACACCACAUUGAAGUCAUUAUGAAUAAAUUAUGAACAGAAAUUUCUUAUUUUGGACAGUUUGUUCAAAUCUGAGCACUGAAUCAAAUCAAGAUGAAAGUACAAAGUAUGCACAGUAAUGGCACUGGGUUGUUGCCCACUCAGCCUAGGACUGUUCUCACAUGUUUGUUUUUAUAAAUAUUGGUAAAUAUUCACUGGAUAAUCAUGUCUUGGAAGACCUUCUCCAUCUGAAAAUGUCUAUCAAUCCAUUUUUGGUUGGUGUAGACUUUCACUAGUUUCGGGCAUUAAUUGGUGAUCCUGGAAGGUGUUCUUUCCCCAUUUCUUCUCUUGUAGAAACAAAGGGAGCUUUCUCUAUUUUCUCCCUGGGAUCCAUCAUCUGAACAUAGAAUUCAAAGGCUACAUGAAUAUUAAAACAUCUUCUCAUCUGAAUGCAGAAACACGGAACAACAACAUGUUGAUCUCUCCUGGACCAGAAAAUCACGAAAAACAUUACAGGUUGC